AUGAAAAACAACAGCUCUGGCGUUGCCAUGGUUACAGGCGUUGCCAUGGUAACGGGAGGACUGGACCACCGUUACUGGCUGAUCCACCCGUUUUCCCCACACCGACCAGAUAUCUGCACCGUACAGGUGCUGCUGUCUGCAUGCAGAAUGUUAAAUGUUGAGGCUUUAGCAGACAGCCUCGUUAAUGCAGUGAAACAAGUAAUGAGCAUUUCUGUUACCGAUAACGGGACAGAGUUCAGCUCCAGCUCCAGUAGGGCCCGUAAUCCUGCUGUUCCACACUCCCACCACCAGGGGGCGCUCAGCCCUGGGCCCCCAGUGGCUGCCAGACUAAACCUGACUCCUGGUUCUGGAUCCGAGUUUAAACACAAAGCAGUCACACUGACCCACCAGGCCCGGCAAGGCUACGUGAUUUACCGUAUCCGUGUGCGCCGUGGAGGCCGUAAGCUUCCUGUUCCCAAGGGUGCUAGCUGUGGCAAGCCGCUCCACCAUGGUGUCAAUCACAUCAAGUUUGCCCGGAGUUUGCAGUCCACUGAGCCGCUCGUCACUGAGAGUGCUCAAUCCUUACUGGCGGCCUGUGAAGAAAGAGGCCGGGUUCCUGCAGAGCUGUGCUGGAUGUGGUCAGAACAACACUUUCCAAUAUCCCUGAACCUCUCCAAAGGUCUGAUGUACAGACAGGGUCUAGCGAUAGCGGUGCAGCUGCAGGUUUUUGCCUCUUCCCUGUGGAGGGGGUCGACCAGUAUCACCUCAAAGAACCUGUGGGUCGAGUCUUCACCCACCCAUGACGAGCGGCUCAGUGGACUGCAAACUCCGGGCAAACUUGAUGUGAUUGACACCAUGGUGGAGCGGCUUGCCACAGCUAGCACCCUUGGGAACAGGAAGCUUACGGCCUCCACGGCGCACACGGAUACGAGUUAUGGAUCCAUCAGCUCCUUUAUGAAGCAUCAAGCUCAGCACAGCAGAACCAGAGUCCUCUACCCGUUAGCCAGACCGUUUUCUGUCCCUGUAGCUGACUCCGUUUUCUCUGAUUUCCAGGAGAAUUCCCAACUCACCAGCUCUGACACAGAUCAGGAUGGAAACAUGCAGGAACUCGACCCUUCCCUAUCUGACACAUCAGAGAGGUGGCUGAAAAGGCCCAUUCUGAUCCUACAGUCCCAC